GCCAAAGUUCAUAUAAUGUAUUUUUACUGCUUAGUAUUGUUCAUGCUAUAAGAAUAUUGAGAUAUGACAUGGACAGUACCUGCUACACGUUAGAGCAGUACAACACACAAUGCUGCUUGUCAGACAAAAGGAUAGAUUUUAACCACAAAGAAUCUUUGUCACAAGGCUGCAUUGGGAUUUGGACAUGAAUUUCCAGCAGGACUUUUAAGAAUCAUUUCUCAACCAAGAUGAGAAAAAAUGAUAAAAUUAGAGAUGCGAACCUCACUACCACACAAAUCAAGAAUUAUGAAAAAGAAAAACAUUUCAAAAUCAACUUGCAACGAACUUUUUAAAAGGUGAAAAAAAUUGAUUUGACUGAACACUGAUUUCUAAAGAUGUAAAAUGAUCAAUCUAUUCUCAACGAAAAAGAUCAGUGCUUUUUGUGAAACAUACUUCAAAGAAAAAAUAUAUAAAUAUAAAAGCCCAGCAUUACAUUUCCGAUUUUUCAGUGGGCACACGCGUCCACUGUUAAUAAAACCUUAAUCUGCCUUAAGUCUAUCUAAAUCCUUUAAUCUUUGCUCCAACCUGCUGCUGAUUAAAAGACUGAUUAGGCAGCUGGGUUUGCAAUAAUUCAAUUAGUACUGAACUAUUGCUAAGAAGCAGCUCGGCCUCAAUUGAUGACAGUUGUGUAGAUGGGGAGAGAUCUGGUUUCUGCAGGACUGAAGAACGUGCAGUGUGCUUUUCUGCUUCACUUGAUUUGGAUAAUGUACAGGAGGUGGAAAUACUGAUUGGGUGCAUUUUCUUUUGGGUGUCUUCUGACUUAGGAAGCUUGCUGUUUUGUUUCUAGGAAGUGUGGGUCCGAGUGUACACACCAGCAAAAUAGGAAGAUUAAAUAUCAUGUGCUGGCAAUCCAGUUAAUGUCCUCCUAGCACCCCAGAGUUUCAGCAAGGAGGUACUAGAAGUCCGCAGAGGUGCUGUAGUGGGCUUAAUUAGUGCAACCCAAACUUUCUGACAAACACUCUCUGUACAGUAUCUCUGUACAAAAUGCUGCAAUACACAUUUAAUUAUUCUUGUACAGAAAUUAUCUACUCUCCAGUAAAAGCAAUAUCAUGUUCCUCUUUCUCUGAAUAUUCUACAUCAGUGUUACUUUUUUGUUCAAAGCAGCUUAAUGUUUUAUAGAAAAAAAUUAUCAUAAUUUUUUUGUAUAUUCCAUUGAAAAUUAUUAAUAAUUAAAUUGGUCUUAAUCAGGGCUUUGUAAGAUGCGAAUCUUAGAAAGCUAUCCUGUAGUCCUGCUAAAGCUUGCAACAGCAGGGAUAUGAUGUAACAUGUUUUGGCAAGUUAGUGUUUAGUGUUUAGAAGCAGAAAGUUACAAGACAUCCACAACCAGAAGAGUUUCAAGAAAGACAAACUGGUGAUGGUGGGACAGAUCUUGAUAGGCUCCCCUUGACCAAGAAGAAUAUUGUGUCCUAUGAUAUUGAGUCUUGAAGAAUGAAGGCUGAUUAGAGAAAAUUGAUCACUUUGAGGAGAACUGUUCCCAUGUGGCAUUUUGUUGCACCCCUUAUAACAGUUCACCAUGGUAAAUUUGCCAGUACUUUUGCAGUUUUCCCAUGCUUUACCUUUGGUUACACGUUGCACGUUAAUCAUAGUUUGGCAUGUUCGUUAAAUAUGAUUUACCAUUUCUCUGUCAUCUGUACAAUGAUUACCGAUCCUUUACCAUGCUUUCACAGCGUUUUGUUAUGGUUUGCUUUGUUUUUCCUAUGAGAAACUUGUAUAAGGGACACAAGCCAUGGCCACAACAACCCAUUGCUUUUCUAUCAACAAACCAGCAAGAUCAGCAAGCAAAAGACACUUCACAUGUUCUUUGUGUCUACAAUGCUAGUUAUUUAUGAGGGAAUAAUCCAGAUGAAAAUGGUAUUGAUAUUUAAUAUUGUACAGUACUUUUUAUCACAAAUAUACACCCAGCCUAAUAAUAGUAUCCACCUAGACUGUGUGUGAUUAGUAAUCAGUGGGAAGUUAUGACAAAUACAAGCAGAUAAUUUUAAACAGAUGGAAAAUGUUGUUUUGAUUAUGUAUGUCCUAUUUUAAUCCCACUCACUGAGUUUUCUUCCCUACCAUUGCCAAGUGAGGCUCUUGCUGUAUCUCCAACAGGUGUGUUAGUCACCUACAAUAUUUGUAGCUAACAAAAUGGUUCUAUAGUAUGUUUAUGCCAUGCACAAGUAUUAUUUUUAUAUGUCUCAAAUGUGCAGUUUUUAAAGUAUUUAGAUCCACAAGUGUUCAAAUCAAUUGAAUGGACCCACGCCAGUGUCUAUUAAUGUUAGCGCAGUGUUCAGAAUAUUAUACUGAAUCAGAAUCAGAGGGCUCUUGUGACUGCCUGCUCAUAUAUUGUGAAAAAUCACAGGGAAGAUCGCUCUGUGGUCAUAAGUCUGCUGAGAUAUUCUCUUGUUCCUGUGUCAAUACAAGGUGCUGAAUUCACCUGGCUGCCCACAGAGCAGGAACCAUAAGAGCCCUACCUGUAUACCCAGUGUCCACUCACACAUUACCUGUAUACCCAUCCACUCACACAUUGGCAGCUAGGUGGUGUUGUGUUUGUCUUUGUGAUCUGUGCACAAGGAACUAGACUGUAACCACAGAAAUGUAUGUCAGGGUGUUCCUAUAAACAUGACACAUGAGCUGGAGGUGUAGUGAUAAUGUUGGGAAAUAUCGACAUGAAAACAGCUUCACUUUCGAUAUCUGACAUUAUGUAAAUGUGUAGAAUGAAUCAUAAAAAUGCAGAACACACAAUGAUAUAGUUUAGAUUUUCUUAAUUUCUGAUAAAUUUCUCCAAAAGGAUUACCCUGAGAAAUGGUCAAGUAUCUCCACAGAACCAAAAACAGGUGGAAAGUUUAAGUUUCAACUUAAAAGUAUAAAUACGUUUUAUUUAAAUAGUAAUUCAUACUAAUUGUGACCUGUAUUUGAAGGACCAGUAAAGGGUUAAACAUAUCUGAAGAUGAGCCUGUUAUGAAUAAGGCGAGAUAUAUGUUUAACCUUUAUUCGUUAAAUCAUAAAUAUUCAUCAUUCAGAAUGAAGAGCAGAAACGACGUAGGUUCUCAAAGAUGAGAUAGUAAAACCUGUGCUCCGUUUUUAAGUGAUACUUGUCUGCAGCCCAUGAAUAUUAAAAGGGGCCAUUCAAAACUCUUAGAUUAAAAGAAGGGUUUGAGCUGAAUGAGCCAUGUAGUACCUGAAUAGAAACACAACGUAAACUAAAAACCUUAGUUUGUAGUGCAUUCUGUCCAAUUAUUUGCAACAACAUGUGUUCAAAUAGAUUUGUCUCACAAUUCUAAAAUAAAGAAGCUGCUUUUGUAUCUAACCUUUUAAUACAAAUAAUGCGUACUUUAAUUGUAGUUGUUUGCCAUUCAAUUAAAUAAUAAUUAAAUGCCAUUUAAUUGCUUAAGAAAAUGUUGGGCUGCACAUAAUGUUUUUUCUUUACAUUUAACAAAUUGGGGAGGGGGAGAAGGGAGGAGGUCUGGACUAAAAAUUGUUCUAAAGAUACAAUUAAUAAAUUCACCAAUAGGUAAAUUACUUCUCCAUCAUGUGACCGUGCAAGUAAUUGGGAAUGAGGUAGGAUAUUUCUCAAGAGAUGGUGUCAUAUUUUCAGAAGUGACAACGAAUAUGAAUCGCAUCCCUGCUCAACCCCGUGCUGUGUAGCGGCAGUCCCAGGCAAAAUUGUAACCAAUUGAUUCGUUUUUAAAGCCAGCUUGUGAAGUUACUGUGUUGUUGGAUAUUGUUUGAUACGUUGUUGUUGUUCAGUUUUUGUUUCUUUUUUAGUCCACCCAAUGAAAGUAGAAACCGCCAUGAAUGAUCUAGGAGGCAGUAGUAGUUGUAAGAAGGGCAGCGAGUGUUGUAUCUCCCGCUUGCUCAGUGUGGUGGAGAGUGAGCUGCAGGCGGGUCGAGAGAAGGGGGAUCCCACCGAGAAGAAACUCAAAGUGUCUCUGGAGGAUGGGGAACUCUGGAGGAAAUUCAAGGAGAUCACUAAUGAGAUGAUCGUUACCAAGAACGGAAGGAGAAUGUUCCCUGUGCUCAGGGUUAGUGUGUCAGGUCUGGAUCCCAACGCCAUGUACACCUUUCUGCUGGACUUUGCGCCUGCUGACAGCCAUCGCUGGAAAUACGUGAACGGGGAGUGGAUCCCUGCUGGCAAGCCUGAGCCACAGGCCCACAGCUGCGUGUACAUCCACCCUGACUCCCCCAACUUCGGGGCUCACUGGAUGAAAUCCCCCAUCUCCUUCAGCAAAGUCAAGCUGACCAACAAGCUCAAUGUGGGAGGACAGAUUAUGUUGAAUUCUCUACACAAAUACGAACCCCAGAUCCACAUCAUUCGAGUCGGAGUGAGUCACAAGAUGGUCACCAAUCUCUCGUUCCCCGAAACGCAGUUUAUUGCUGUGACAGCAUACCAGAAUGAAGAGAUUACAGCCCUGAAGAUCAAGUACAACCCUUUUGCCAAAGCAUUCCUGGAUGCAAAGGAAAGAACCCAUCCUAAGGACAUCCUGGAAAGCCCCUCUGAAAACCAGCACAUGGGGAUGCCCCACUGUGGCUGGUUGAUCUCGAACUCAGAAGCCCUGUGUGCUCCUGGAAGCCCUAACUAUCAGUACAACGGGGGUCUGCCACUGCCUCCUAACCCCUCUCACCACAGCUAUGAGCGCUACGCCUCCCUGCGCCAUCACCGGUCCGCCCCCUACCCCACGCCCUACAUCCAUCGCAAUCACUCCUCAGAGAGCACAUCAAGCAGUUUACCGGUUUUCCCUGCUCAUGAGAACUGGUCAGCUCUGUCGCCAACACCACCCCACACCAGCAUGCUGCCCAUCACCCCCGCGUCUGCAGCAGCUAGCUCCAGUGCCAGUCAGUACCCUUGUCUAUGGACUGUCAGCAACUGCACUGUCAAUGCCUCCAGUCCUGCAGGGGGAGCUAUGAAUUACACUCAGAACCAGGUGCUGCGAGGAUCCGCUGCCAUGGAAACGCAAGGAGAGCAUGCACACUGGACAACACUCUCAUCUCACUCCUUCUAAUGGAAAGAGUUUUAUCCUCACCUAAAGAUGAUUAAACUGUUACAGGGUUAUGGCAUCAUAAUAUGGGAUUAGAGUGCACUGCUCCAUUAUUUGCACGGUUCGUUAUUUCAUGUUAAUUCAUGGUUGGCCAUCAUGACAGCAAAUGCACUGUAUUAUACGACUUAAAGACCCGUCUCUAAAUCACUGCCAUGAAUAUUUUAUAUACAAGCACAUUAAUAUAAGGAGGGAGUUUUUCAUUUUAAAUACAUACGUGCAUACAGUACAUACAUGCUAGGGUUUCAAUGCUUUCUUGUUUAAUAAAUUUAAACUGGCUUGCCUGCUAUUGUAGCUGAUAGAUCUUAUCGAUGGCUGAAAUACAGGGAUUGGAUACGAUCUUAAAAAUGCCAUUCGUACCUGGGUUAUUCACCCUUUGUACAGUGGUUGGGACAGGUUUACCAGAGUAAACUUCCAUGGUUAUUUUGCAGUUUUCCUAUGGUUAUACUUUGCAUUUACCAUGGUUGGCCACACCUCUCUGUGCUUUACAAUGCUUACCUAUACACUUUACCAUGCUUUCACUAUGCUUUAUAUGCUUUAUUACACAUUGCUAUGCUUUUACUAUGGGAGACUUUUCUCACGGCAUGGUCAUCGCAUUGAACCCUUACCCCCCCACACACAUUAAAAGUGCCUCAAUUUAUACUACUUUGUUUAUUUUCAAGAAAAUGUGUACAGAUGUACGCCUUUUAAAAUUGCAAAUGAUAUAGACUUUGUUAAGUGUGUUCUGCACAUAAUACAAAAAGUGGAUAUUUGUUAUUUAUAUGUGUUUGUAUUUGUAUUGCCUAAUAUUCAUUAAAAAGCAAUAACUGUAAUAAACAAUAG